UAUUUAACCAAGAGUAAACAGGCUUUCCUUUUUGAUAAGAACUCAGCAGCAAAAACAUUAGCACUGACAGCAACUGUGGGAAACUUAAUGGUAAAGGAUGACUUGCUAUUAUUGCUUGCUGGUUUUCCUUCUCUUCUUCACACUGGGUUCUGGAGGAUGUAUAUCAGAGUUGUACCAAGACUCAUACUGGCAAGGAGGAGACCUUCGCUCUGUGUUUGCACCUGAUGUGGAAUAUUGCCAGCUUGUAUGUACUUUCAGUCCACGUUGCUUGAUGUUUUCAUAUCUCCCAGCAAGCUGGCCUAAAGAAAACGAAAGGUUUGCAUGCUAUUUGAAAGAAAGUGCCACAAACAUGCUGCCAAAAGUGACAUUAACUGGGGCGAUCUCUGGCCAUUCUUUGAAAACCUGUAAAAGUAAAAUAAAUGUCUGCCGUGACAAAAAUUUUCAUGGAAUUGAUAUGAUUGGUACAAACUACAACGUUACAUGGGCUACUAAUGUACAGCAGUGCAAGGAAGGGUGCACAAAUGAUAUACAUUGUCAGUACUUCACUUAUGUGACAGAACAGUUUCACAGUGCCCCAAUGCGAAACAGGUGCUAUUUCAAGUACUCUGCUAAAGGCAUGCCAACAAGAAUAAGACUCCUGGAUAAUGUGAUAUCUGGCUUCUCAUUAAAAGCAUGCGGAAAAUCAUCACUAGGUUGCCAAAAUGAUUUGUUUCAGAACAUGGAACUUCCUGGAGAAACCCUAACAAGAGUCUUUGCCCCGGAUGUACAUACAUGUCAAAAGAUUUGUACAUUCUACCCAAACUGCUUGUUCUUCACAUUUUAUAAAAAAGAAUCAAAAGAACCUUUGCAAAGGAAUGUUUGCUAUAUAAGAACAUCCACAAAAGGAAUUCCAGAUGAAGGCAUAAAUAAGGAACACACUAUAUCUGGCUUUAGCCUUCUGUCUUGUAAAUUUAGUCCCUCAGUCUGCCCAUUGACUAUACUGUCUGAUGCGGAAUUCCUUGGAGAUGAGCUGCUUGUAGAAGAAGUCAGUGGAGAGAAAGAAUGCCAGCAAGAAUGUACAAAUAAUAUUCGCUGUCAGUUUUUUACCUACAGACCAAUGCAAUCUGGUUGCUCUGAGAACAAGUGCAAAUGCCACAUGAAGAUAUCUUCCAAUGGGUUGCCAACUGGUAUACGGCAUGGGAAUGGUGAAAUAUCAGGAUUUUCUUUAAGGCUGUGUAAAAUUAAAUCUGUCAAAGGAUGCGGCGAGCCAAUUGAACAUGCUAAUAGAAUUGUGGGUGGAACUGAUAGUGUACUUGGGGAAUGGCCAUGGCAGGUUUCCAUGCACCUCCGCCUUACUGCCAGUUACAAAAAGCAUGCAUGUGGUGGAUCUAUUAUAAGUAACCAGUGGAUAGUAACUGCUGCACACUGUUUUGCCAUGCACCCCCUGCCUCAAAUGUGGAUUAUUUAUAGUGGAGUUGUAAAGCUUUCUAACAUAACCCAAUCUACACCAUUUUCUGAAACUGAACAAAUAAUAAUUCAUCCUCAUUACACUGGAGCUGGAAAUGGGACUGACAUUGCCCUGCUGAAGCUCAAAACGCCAAUCUCAUUUAACGAUCAUCAAAAGGCAAUUUGUCUUCCACCAAGGGAACCAACAUUUGUACUUCCUAAUUCAUGUUGGAUAACUGGUUGGGGUUUCACUGAAGAAAGUGGAAGCCUUGCGAACAUUCUUCAGAAGGCAGAAGUACCCCAAAUUUCCACUGAGGAGUGUCAGGGCAACUAUGAGCAGACAAGGAUUGAUAAAAAGAUUUUGUGUGCUGGAUAUAAACGUGGUAAAAUUGAUUCUUGUAAGGGUGAUUCUGGAGGUCCACUAGCCUGUGUGGUAGAUGAGAUAUGGUAUUUAACUGGCAUUACAAGUUGGGGUGAAGGAUGUGCCCGUCCCGGCAAGCCCGGAGUUUACACAAGAGUCUCUGAAUUUACAGACUGGAUUAUUGAACACACAAGAGUGUAAGAGAAUUUACGCAUGGUGUUAUCUACUGUUCAAUUUCAAUUUUCUUUAUCAGACAUCAAUAAACACCUAGAUUUUAAAAAAAUAUUUUUCUGUAUAUAUUUCCCUAUGACACUUCUGAAAAGUCUGUGUUUUUUUAUUCUUCUGCUGAAUACAAACCAACAAAUAAACUUUAUACAUUGGAUAUAGAA